AUGCAAAGUUUGAUAGACUUUUUAUUGAACCUACCCCAACCAGUGUUUUUUAAAACCACAUUAAUUCCACUUUUAGAAACUAAUGGUUUUGUCGAAUCAAGGUCGAUUUUGAAUAAUCUUCAUUCUAUCCUGUACAUAGCCUUAUUUUAUCAAACAGCCUUCUUAUUUAGUAUUUGGUUUUUGUUUCCUCCUCAUGUAAAUAGGAAAUUCAAGGAUGAGAAGGAUGAUGAGAAGAAGCGUCACAAUCUAGUCAUUCAAUCAGGAAUUCACUUUAUUUCUUUCCUACAAACAGUCGUCGUCUUAUACUUAUCUAUCGGAAUUUUAAAACAACGUGAAAUGUUAAGUAUUAGGUAUCCAAGUUCAGAGGAGAGAAUUUUUGGUGAAAAUCGUGACACUCAAACUGUUUGUCUCUUUGCUCUAGGUUAUUUCAUAUGGGAUAUAUGUAUUUCUGCAGUCUACUCCACAUUACCCUUUGUACUACACGGUGUUGUCUCGACGAUUGUUUACUUUAUCGGGCUAAAGCCAUAUCUACAAUACUAUGCCCCAGUAUUUUUGAUUUUUGAAAUAUCUAACCCAUUUUUGAAUUUUAGAUGGUUUGGCCUAAAAUAUGUGCCAAAUUGGGACAAGACUCUACUCUUCAAUAAUCUAAUUUUGAUGAUCACUUUCUUUUUAGGUAGAAUUGCUUGGGGAUGGUAUCAAAUAGCUGUUCUAUGCAUAGAUUUCUACAAUGUCAGAAAUAUGCCUCAGUACCGUCCAUUAGACACAUGGAUAAUUGUAAUAGGUAACUUAAUCCUGGAUGUCUUGAACGUCGUAUGGUUCUCAUCCAUGGUUUCUGUUGCUAUUAAAGUGAUUAAGGGCAAAAAUGACCAGGCAAAGAACAGCACAUAA